CAUUCUGGCGAUUGGCGCCGAUGUAGUACAACGUAUUUGUAGCGUAGUGACUGCUCCUACUAUCAUAAAUUAGACGCUUCUCUCAAAUGUCUCUACCUGCCUCCCUUAAACGCCGAGCCUCCUGUCAAGAAGAUAUUGGUGAUAGAAGUCCGGAUAUUCAAGACAUGGACAAACAACGUAAAAUUCGACGGCAAAUCGCUAAUAAUAACGAAAGGCGGCGAAUGCAAAGUAUUAACGCUGGAUUUGAAAGUUUAAGAACUAUGUUACCAUUAGUUGAUGAGAAGAUGAGUAAGGCCGGCAUACUUCAAAGAACUAAGGAUUAUCUAAAUCGCCUCUUACAAGAGAGAACGAACCUUAAGAAGGAAAACGAAAAAUUAUUAGGACAGCUCAGUCACGGAGACAGUCCUCCUCAAAAACGACGGAAACGUGAUACAAGCGAAGCAUUGGACGAAAGUUUACCAUCAGAUUACCGUCAAGAGUUCGAAGAAGAACGACGGAAACGAAAAGAACUCGAAGAGGAGAACCGUGAAUUGAAAAACCGCCUUUUAGAACCGUCGAAACCUCCCGAAAGAGUGGUAGAUAGCAGUAUGUCGUCCAGGAAUAUCCAAACAAUAAUUGCCGCGAUAAAUUAUUUGGAAGGUGAUAAGUUUGAAGAUUGUUCCACAAACCGAGGAGCCAGCGAAGAAUCAGAAGCCAGCUCCGAAGGUGAUUUAAGCGGUGGCGAAGAAUACGACGCCACAUUACGCGUAGCCGUCUACCCUCGACCGUCAUUACGAAGCUCUUGACUGGAGAUGGAAGGUUCAACAACUGUAAUAUAGAUUAUACAUAUUCUUUAUAUCGACUUAGUAUUGCACUAUAUUGUUUGUAAAUGUUCUUUAUUACUUUUAUUUUAUGUUUCUGUACAUAAUGUAAGAUAAUGAAAACUUAAAUGCCAAAAAAUUUCUAAGGUGGAUUUUCAGUUACCUCAGAGUGUAUGUCUAUAGAAAAAAUUGUUUGCAUGUGUGAGUGUGCCUUCACAUCGGCAGCUAUAACCGAUUUGUGAUUCAAUUUUUGUUUGUCAAAAUUGUAUGAAAAGCAAAAAGUGUUUCUAUUUAUAUAAAUAAUUAUAAAAGCUAAAAUACAUGUAUAUUUUCAAAUAUACAUACACAUAAAAGAACAUGAAAAAGGUCUGUUAAAUAUCAAAAAAGAAUCUACAUCGCGGAGAAAGAUCAGCGGUCCACAUCUAUUAUGUUCUAUACAUAAAUACUAUUAAUAUGUUAAUAUAUACAUUAUAUACAUACAACGUUUAUUGCCUUACAUCGAUGAAUUUAAUGAUUUUUUCCGUAUUAAGACAUAGCGGGACGGAGAUUCUAGCUCUAGCUCUAUAAAUGAAUGUCUUGACUGCAAUAAUCAGCUGUGUAAACAUAGGUGCAUAAGUGGAAAAGCAGUUACUUAAAGGCGCGCACGAAA